UCCUCCCCGGUUCCCAACACGCCCCCCCCCCCGGUCCCCACCGAAUCCCGCGCCCCCCGCCGGCGGCGGCUCCGCCCCCCGCGCUGCAGUCCCGCGCCCGCCGCACCGCCCGCCCCCGCUGCUCCGCGGCCCCGCAGGCCCCAGCCCGGGCCCCGUCCGCGGGCGACACCCCCCCGGCCGAGCGCGGUGCCGGCGCAGCCGCUGCGGCGGGACAAGCGGAAUAAACCCCACCCGAGCGCCGCGCGGACGCCGGAACCCAAAAUGCGGCCCAUGCGGAUCUUCGUGAACGACGACCGGCACGUGAUGGCCAAGCACUCGGCCGUGUACCCCACGCAGGAGGAGCUGGAGGCCGUGCAGAACAUGGUGUCGCACACGGAGCGCGCGCUCAAGGCCGUGUCCGACUGGAUCGACGAGCAGGAGAAGGGCAGCGGCGAGCAGCCCGACGGCGACGCCAUGGACACGGCGCCCGAGGACGAGAGCAAGGACGGCGGGGAGCAGAAGGCGGAGCAGCUGACCCGCACCCUGCGCGGCGUGAUGCGCGUGGGGCUCGUCGCCAAAGGCCUCUUGCUCAAGGGGGACCUGGACCUCGAGCUGGUUCUGUUGUGCAAAGACAAACCCACCUCGGAUCUGCUGGAGAAAGUCGCCGAUAACCUGGGCGUGCAGCUCGCUGCGAUCACAGAAGACAAAUACGAGAUAAUCCAGUCGGUGGGCGACGCCGCGAUCGUGAUUAAGAACACGAAGGAGCCGCCGCUGACGCUGACGAUCCACCUGACGUCGCCCGUGGUGCGGGAGGAGAUGGAGAAGCAGUCGGCGGGAGAAACGCAAUCAGGCUCCGACUCCCCGGACGUUCUGGACAGGCAGAAAUGCCUUGCUGCCUUGGCGUCACUGCGGCACGCCAAGUGGUUCCAGGCCAGGGCCAACGGACUCAAGUCGUGCGUCAUCGUCAUCCGGGUGCUGCGCGACCUCUGCACGCGCGUUCCGACCUGGGCGCCGCUCAGAGGAUGGCCCCUCGAGCUGCUCUGCGAGAAGUCCAUCGGCACGGCCAACAGGCCCAUGGGCGCCGGCGAGGCGCUGCGGAGGGUCCUCGAGUGCCUCGCCUCGGGCAUCGUCAUGCCAGAUGGUUCUGGUAUUUAUGAUCCUUGUGAAAAAGAAGCCACUGAUGCUAUUGGGCAUCUAGACAGACAACAAAGGGAAGAUAUCACACAGAGUGCUCAGCACGCGCUGCGGCUCGCGGCCUUCGGCCAACUCCACAAGGUCCUGGGCAUGGAUCCCCUGCCCUCCAAAAUGCCCAAGAAGCCAAAGAACGAGAACCCCAUCGACUACACCGUCCAGAUCCCUCCCAGCACCACGUACGCCGUCACCCCCAUGAAGCGGCCGAUGGAGGAGGACGGCGAGGAGAAAUCGCCCAGCAAGAAGAAGAAGAAGAUCCAGAAAAAAGAGGAAAAACUUGAACCCCCCCAGGCCAUGAACGCGCUGAUGAAGCUGAACCAGCUCAAACCCGGGCUCCAGUACAAACUGGUCUCCCAAACUGGUCCCGUUCACGCUCCCAUCUUCACCAUGUCGGUGGAGAUCGACGGCAGCACCUUCGAGGCGUCGGGGCCCUCCAAGAAAACGGCCAAGCUGCACGUGGCCGUCAAGGUGCUGCAGGAUAUGGGUUUGCCCACCGGGGCGGAAGGCAAAGAGUCGGGGAAAGGCGACGAAUCGGCCGAGGAGACGGAACAGAAACCCGUGGUGGUCGCUCCCCCGCCCGUGGUGGAAACCGUCUCGGCGCCCGCGGCCGCUUCUCCGCCCUCGGAUCAAACCCCAGAGAACGUGAAGCAGCAGGGACCAAUUCUCACCAAGCACGGCAAGAACCCGGUGAUGGAGCUGAACGAGAAGCGGCGCGGCCUGAAGUACGAGCUCAUCUCGGAAACGGGCGGCAGCCACGACAAAUGCUUCGUCAUGGAGGUGGAGGUGGACGGGCAGAAGUUCCAGGGAGCCGGUUCCAAUAAAAAAGUGGCCAAAGCUUACGCCGCGUUGGCCGCGCUGGAGAAACUGUUUCCGGAUGCUCCGGUGCCCAUCGAGCAGAACAAGAAGAAAAGAGCCCCCGUGCCGGCCCGGGGGGGCCCCAAAUUCCCCGUCAAACAGCACAGCGCGGCCUUCGCCAUGGGGGGCCCCAUGCACAACGACGUCCCCCCGCCCCCCACCAUGCGCGGCCGCGGCCGGGGCGGCAACAUGCGCGGCCGGGGCAGGGGCCGGGGCGGCUACGGCAACCACGGCGGCUACAUGAACACAGGCGCCGGGUACGGCAGCUACGGUUACGGUGGAAACUCGGCGACCGCGGGCUACAGCCAGUUCUACAGCAACGGCGGCCACUCCAACUCGGGCAGUGGCGGCUCCUACGGCUCCUACUACCAGGGCGGCGACAGCUACGGCGGCGCCAACCCCCCGAAGCACAAGAAGCAGCAGCACGGGGGGCAGCAGAAAGCCGCCUACGGCUCGUACCAGUCGCACCAGGGCCAGCAGCAGCAGCCCUACAGCCAGAACCAGUACGGGGGCAGCUACGGGCCCCCCCAGGGCAAGCAGAAGAGCUACGGCCACGGCCAGGGCGGCUACUCCUCCUACUCCAACUCCUACAGCUCGCCCGGCGGCGCCGACUACGGCUACGAGAGCAAGUUCAGUUACGGCAACAGCGGCCGCGGCGGCAACAACUAUUCGGGGGGCUCGUCCUAUAACAGCGGGUCCCACGGCGGCUACGGCGGCGGAUCGGGGGGCGGCGGCUCCUCGUACCAAGGUAAGCAAGGUGGAUACUCCUCACAAUCCAACUACAACUCCCCAGGCUCCGGCCAAAACUACAGCGGCCCCCCCAGCUCCUACCAGGCGUCCCAAGGCGGUUACGGCAGAAACGACCACAACAUGAAUUACCAGUACAGAUAAAGCCGCCCCCCCGGCGGGCGCCGAGAUUCGUCCCCCAAACCCCUUUGAAUAUUCAAUUUUAUCACGGUAAAACACCCCAAAACCCCCUUUUUUCCCCCCCUCCCCCCAUUUCCAUGUUGCAGUGCUCUUUGUGAUACCGGUCACUAAUGGUUGAGUACUUGUAAUUCCAUAUUUAGCUGUAUUUUGGGCAUCUCUGUAUUUAAUGGUUUGUUAGUUGCCAUUACUUUGUCUAAAUAGGAUUAUUAUUAUUAUUAUUUUUGGAGUUAAUACCAUUUUCAGCAUCCUUUUUUCUAUUUAAAAGCGGGAGCGGCCCGAGCGCCGGCUCGAAAUAGAGGAGGGAUCUGUCACCUUGUUAACGCUUUUGUGAAGUGAGUUAAACGAGCUUUUUUUUUUUUCUGUAUUUUAAUGCUUUAGUGUUUUCAGUUUUAUAAGUGAAAGAUUUUAUUUUAAAAAAAAAAAAACAACAGACAAAACCAAACCAAAAGCGGGAAGCGCGAGGUUUUGUGGGCCUGGCUCCCUCGGGCCCAGCGGCAAAUAAACCACCGAAAACCGCCA